AUGCGCAAAUCUAGGGGGCGCGGGUGAGCGAAGGGGGAAUACGGGGCGGGGGAGGCGGCAGCGCGCAACGAGAGGGUGUGCGGCGGCGCCCGGCCAGUCGCGCUCCCGCGGUCUGCUGCACCAGCCUCCGCGGAGCCGGCGUCACGGCCGCGGUGUCCGGCGAGCGCCGCGCCGAGGCCGAGCGCCCCGACCCGCACCAAGCGCUGCUGUGAUACCUAUUUGUACAAACCGGCGAACGGCCAUGCGGAAACGGACCGCGAUAUUCUUACCCUCCGCGCGUCGCACCGCUCCACGCGCUAGUUUAUGAGAGACAUUGGUCCUGAUACAUGUACAAAAAUGUUCGAUAUGUCAAUUCAAGAAGUGAACGGGAAGGGUCCUAAGAAGAGGAAAAAGUCGUUGGAGCGUAUCUGUGAUAAUGAGGAGCGGCGGGAGCGUUCGGAGCUGAACGCGGGGGACGGUGCGGCGGAUAGCGGGAAGAAUGGUGCCGUGGACGCCAAGCCGGGAGCCCAGAGCGCCAAGGGCGGCCCGGGGCCCGGCGGCGUGGAGCUGCUGCACUGGCGGGACAUGCCGCAGCACCUGCAGUUCAACCCGUACGUGCUGACCGGCUACCGCCCGCUGCAGGGCUGGGCCGGCUGCGUUGGCAGCCUCUUCUACUUUCACAAUGAAACUAUUAAUAUACUCACCCACGGCGUAUCCCUGGUAUACAUCCUGGCGGUGCUGCCGGGGCUGCUGCCGUGGGGCGGCGGCGGCGGCGCCUGGUUCCUGUCGCUGUGCCACCUGCUGGGCGCGCUGGCGCCAUGGUGCGGCUCCUUCCUCUACCACCUCUUCAUGAACCACGCGCGCGGCGAGCAGCUCUACCACCGCCUGCUGCAGCUCGACAUGCUCGGCAUCUGGGUCAGUCAGAGCAUAGGUGCAAUCCCCAUGGUGACGGCGACGGUGCACUGCGCGCCCGCGCCGCUGCGGUACUCGGUGCUGGCAGUCUACAGCCUCGGCAGUCUGCUGGGCCUCUAUAAGGCGAUGCGCGCGUGGUCGCCGUGGGAGCGGCGGUUGUGCUUCGCGGCGCCGUUCUGCAUGCGCGUGCUGCUGGCCGGCGCGCGCGCAGCCCGGCUCGGCGGCGGCUGCCCGCACGCCAUCCUACACGUGUUCCUUCAGGACGCAGUGUCACUCGGCGGCGGCGUGAUCGGCGCCAUGCACAUCCCCGAGAAGUGGUUCCCGGGCGCCGUGGACCGCUGCCUCAACUCGCACAACAUCAUGCAUGUGCUGGUCGUGCUGGCCGUGUACUCCAUGCACCAGGUGACGACGCGCGACCUGGCGUGGAUGUCGCGCGUGGACUGCCGCGCGCCGCUGCGCACGCUCUGACGGCCCGUCUGCGCGCCCGCCCCCUGUGCCCGACACCUCGCCUCUUCACGAUCCGCCUUCUAAGGAACUCCGCUGCAGGCAACGCGACGGCUUGAACGUUCUUACUCAUGGUAGCCGCUGGUCACCGGUUGUGAGCUGUGUUAAAUCCAAUAAGCCGUCAAGUCUUGAUAAAAAGUUCAGCUUAGGUCCAACUCACAACAUUAAGUUAAUUAGGCAAUGAUGCGGAGUUGUAAGAUUUUGCUCCAGUUGACAAUUAUGGUUACCUUAAGAUCUGGAUAAGCUUUAGCUUAUUCGCUGACCGAUGCCGUACGUAUAGGUUCUUAAUUAGUAACAGUAAUAAGACUCAUUUAAUACACGAAAAAGCCCGUGCUUAUAAUACCUAAGCGUUAUUCGGCUCUAUAAAAAGAAUGACGAAAAUUAUAUCUUGUCUAUCACGCGAUCAAUGCCAUAAUCACGCAAGUAAGGCCCAGAACGACAUUUUAGAUGCUAAAUCUGCUUUAAUAUUGGUGCGGUCCAGAUGUGAGAUACAUAUGUAUAUUUGGAUGGAAUCAUGCGUUAUACCUAUUAUAGUUUACAGGAACAUUUCUAUGAGAUAUUGCGUUGCGUGGCUGGUUGAAAUUGCUUAGGAGCUGCAAUGAGGACCAGCUCCGCCGUGCCGUAGAGAACAGGAAAAUGCCCACCUAUAGAAUUAUAUGAAGCUAAGUUACUUCUGCCGUAUGCUACCAGUGACAAUAAUGUGCCACUACAAUUUAUAUAAUAUAAAUUGUGCUGUGUCACGUGGACACGUAAGCAAAGUUAAGCUACGGCCAAGGGGCUGCCUCAUUUGCUCGUCUAUCCAAAGCAAUGUUUGUAGUCAGGAAGGUUAGAAGUAAGCCAGUCUUCGGUAUUUGUGAUAUUUUGUAUCUAGUAAAAAUAAUACUUGUAUGACUUGAAGAAUGACUUACUGAACUUCGGACCUUAUUGACUACAAAUCCACCAUAAGGUAAUCAUAACAGUUACAAUACUGAGGAUAAUAAUUUGUUCAAGUAAUAUAGAUGGCGAUGCCGUCAUGUUAUAAACGAGAAUGUUGUUUUUCCACUUUGUAACAUGUUGAUAGAGUCGCUACAAAAAUAUCUAUCGAACGCUUUCAAUAUUGACUAACUAAGGAAUAGAUAUAAACUAUGCACACUCGUACAGAUCUUUAGAUCUUCACUUGUUCAUAUCUGAGAGCAUAUAAGUAACUUGGUGUAGAUAUUUUUGCAGCUCUUUGUCAAAUCUGUGACACCCAAAUAUCUUUGAGGAGUGGCUAACUAAGUUAAAGUUUAUGUUUAUUCCUAGUUAUAAAUCAUUUAAUACAUAAUGUUUAUUUUUUUUCACUGAAUACGUACUUUUAAAACAUAUCUGAAGUCUAUGUACAAAAAUUCCUUGCCGUCAUAUUGUUAAAAGUACAUGAAGAUAAUAAUUAUAAAUUAUAAUGCAAAAUCGCUGAUAGGGGUCGCCUUAGGUUGUAUAGCUUUAGUGAAGUAUGUUCACUCGUACCAUACCGUAUUCUCCUGGGAUGGACAUAUCCGCCUAAUAAUGUUGCCGACGUGUAGUUUGUUGUUAAUGUCUAUUUGGUUGAUUUGGAACGAAGGCAAAUAUCGCAACUGACCAAAAUAAGCUCGUCCUUGUCGAGGCAGGAGACGGUAUGGACGGUGUCCCGCUUUAGUGCUCCUUCCUCGCUCGAUACUAUACAACUAACAAGCUAUUAGAACACCUCCACUUCUUGACGCCUUUGGAAUUGGUAACGAAAUGUGCAUUACGAGUAUCAAGAUUGUUCAAAUCAUUCCAAACACGAGAAAUUCGUAUGAAUGAGAGCAAUCUGUGACUUAAAAAAGUUAUAAAUAUAUUUUGUAGUAGACAAUAUCACGGCCUACGAAUUCGGAUUUAGAAUAGAUUGCAAUGUUGAUAGUUAGUUGGUUUCAAUUGAUUUGUCGAAGGCACCUUCCUGUAAGAACCUGUGCCGAAGCCACUUUUAACAAUAACUAGAUCUUUAAAAAUAGGUAGAUAGCGUUUCCUCGUACUUAAUACAUAGCUAAUUAGAAGUAAGUUUGAGACUUAACGACUUUUUUCUGUAAUUUGUAGUCGCAGAGGUAAACGUGGCGGGUGAGGACCCGUCCGCGAACGGAACUUCAUCAAGGGUAGAAACGUUCAUUAUCAAUACGGGUAUCACCGCACUUGUAGACGCCGGAAAGAAAUGAGCAAAUGUCUAAACUUAAUACCGGCUGAUAAGGUUGGGUCGUCCGGAACGACAAGAAUGACGUUUUUAUUGGUCUUUUAACAGGUCAUAUCCUAACGCUUUAACCCUUUGACCGCCGAAGACGUUAACAGACGUGCACGUAAUAUCAACCUUUUUAGCUUUCCGAUAAGGUUUACAAUGGCUCGUUGUAUAUUACAGGGUGUUUGGUACUAGACGAGGCGUUCGAUGGCUUAAUUUUUUUUCUGUCCGAUGACGAUUAAGGGUCAGCCAAACCGUCUGUCACCGUUAAAGCGUUUGCAAAAUUUAUUUGUAUGGGAAAUUCCAUACUUCCCUGCUGUUUGACGUUAAUCAGUUUGUUAAAUGUGGUUGGUGCAACUGGGCCUUAGUCUACAUAUACGGUGAAACCCUAAAUUGGCAGACCACGAAGUCAACAGAUAAUGUAAUACUUAGGUAUAUGAGAUUCCACUUAAUAACCCUCAAGUUACACAUACAUAUUAAUGAUUUUCAUCACACUUGCGAGGAAAUUAUCUACGUCUUUAUGUCAUAAACGUUGCAACCAAUUGACAGUUAGUGGUCCCGCUUAACGUGAUUUAUAAUGCGAGGCAAGUAAAGAAAAGGACUAUUUGGUGUACAUACACGACAAAGAUAUUACCUAUAGGUAAGUAGUGUAUAAAAUAUGGUUUAAGUAAUAUAAAAAGACAGCUAAUAAACGUUUUACUUUUACCUAGUUAUGUCCAUAAACAAAUGGUUAUAAGACUUAUACUUAAGACGACUUGUAAGUGACAAAAUUGUAAAGGAAAAGUCGAUCGAUUACUCCCAUGGGAGUUAUGUUAUAUCAGCUAUAACUGUCGGCACAAAUGCGUGCGACAACACCUUACUAGCAGCAAGUGUGAUGAAAACAAAAUUAUCAAAGUUGUUGCUUUAAGAAGUGUUCAAGUGCCGAUCAGUUGAAUCCGUUCAUAGCUCAUUCUGUAACAUCCCACACCAACUUCAUACACGUAAUAAAGCGGGUUUUUAAUAAAAAAAUUGUGCAGAUACGAUUGCUGCUAAUGAUAUGCAUAGUAUUUAAGAAUUACUACAAUGAAUUCAUACAUUUUUAUUCACUCAAUCUGUCCUUUCUAGAAAAUAGCUUUAGACUACCUUUUUCAAGGUGCCAGAGGUACCAGUGAUCUUACUAUUCCUCCACAUUCGUAUGUUUUCAUCGUGAGAAAAUCAGUACGAAAAUUUAUACUUGGUACUCCAUGACAUUGACAAGUCAUUUAAUAAGGUUGUUUCGGGGAACUUGGGAGACUCCGUUGCUAGUAACUUUGGUUUCGCCUGCCGAGUAAUCGUAAUUAUGAGUAGCUGUUAUAAUGCUGCUAUACAUAAUGUAUAUAAAACAAAUACAUAUUGGGCAUUCAAAAUAACCAGAUAAUUAUGACUAAUUUUUCUGCGAAUUUCACCUUGAUUAUAUCGGUUCCAAGGUGAUCGACGAGCUUUCUGGGUCGGUGGCGUCCGGCAACACGGACAUCGUGAGGUGUAAAUAUGUAAAUAGCUAUCUACCACAAGUUGAUCAUGAUAAAUAUGCCAUGCCCUCAUAUAUUUAGAAGGCUCACCGCACACAUGGUUAUACAGCCAAGUAAUAACACCUACCGAUCUAGCAUGAGAUGAGUUCUCGACUUCUCGCGCGCGACUCCAUCCAUACAUCUAGCGCGACUUCAAGUAUGGACUCGCACGCGAGAAUGCAACUCAUGCAAGACCGCCACUGGUACAUUGUACAUCCGAGGAAAAAUAUGAAAAUGUUCGAGCUAAUAAGCGUGUUUGAGCCAGGGCUUAUAGGCCAGUUUUUCCUCCGACCUAGAUUGUCCAUUAUUGAAUGAUUUCAACUUACACGGCAGGUGGAACAGAGCCUUAUUACAACAUUGUUAUAACCUAAUUCUUUGAGUGACCAAUGAGCGGUAUAUUUUUGUAUUUUCGGUGUUGUUUGCUUCGCAGCUUGUUUGCGAGUGAGCAUCGCGGGUGGACUAGAUUACCUUCGCUAGUUUAAUAGUCUUAAUCCAAUAAACUAGUCGUAACUUACAGUAGUACGAGUAGAUAGGUAGAUUACAAGCAAUAAAUAAUAGACAAAAAUUAUUGUUGGAAAUUUGACAAAAGUAGCAGAGAAACAUUAAAUAAUGAAGGUAUACUUUACACAGCAAUUGUUGAAAUUUUUUACCGCGUCUUUUGAUAGCAAUUCUACUUUUGUCAAAGUUCUGUUGUUUUGAUUAUUAAUUUAACAUGAAGGUAGUAGUGUUACAUAAAUCGAAAAGUGUACUUGAGGUUUUUUACUAGAUGUUAGAACGAACGCACCUCUGUUGUGCCGUCGCCGGCGUCUACAUAUAAUUAUUACUUAUUUAUAACAUCACUCAUAUUUUUGGAAAGUGAUAUUCCGACAACGUGUUUACAAUAGAAUAUCAUUUAUUUUUCUGUAAAAUUACUUACCUCCUCUACUCAGAUGUUGACCUCGUACCUACCUACUUAUUUUUGAUCAUUGAAAGUUAUUGGACUAAUCUUUGAAUAGUACUUUUAGGGCUGUUAUUUAAGUUGUUGAUAUUGUGAAUUUAACAAUCUUCUUGCCUAAAUAUCAAUUAUUUACACGAUUAUUAUAUCAUUAACUUAAUCCACGUUUUUAUAAGUAGGUGACUUGUAGAAACCAAUAAAAUUGUUUGAAAUGAGGUAAUUAUAGCGUACGUUGACGACAAGCCCACCCUGCUCGCCCUGCCGGCCUAGCCAAGGUGACAAUCGCUAUCGCUUCGACAACGAAACGCUUUGUGUCUCUCUAUCACUCUUCCUUAUAAGUGCGACAGUGACAGUUGCGUUUUGAUCGCUACGGAGCGUUAGCGAUUGGCAGGUUGGCUACGCGUGCUGGACUCCCUGGACCUGGUUAUGGUUUCCUUAGAUGUUCGGAGAAUGAUAUUUUGAAUAGGUUACGUUAAAUAGUGAAUGUAGAAGUGAUAUUCAAGAGCAAUAUAACAGUAUUUAGUGUAUUAAAUAUACCUCUCAUUUUACAUGUUUAGUUUAUUUGGCAUACUUAAUGGUUUGUAUCUAACUUAAUAACGCAAAUCCGUCUUGGAUAUAUUUUACCUAGUUGUAAAGACCUAUGAUCAAAUUCUCAAAUUGUAGCCAUUGACGAGAAGGUAACCCUAUUAAUUAAAUUUUAUUUGACUCAA